UCCCGUGACGUCACAGCCGUUGCGGAACAAAACGGAGGCGGCAGCCGGCAGCAGUCCGACAUCUAGUGCGACCCUGUCGAGAUAUGAACAUAUUAGGGGCGGUUGGCGGAGACGAUGAUGGUGACGAUAAGGAGAAGGAGGAGGAGGCCGAGAGGGAGCGUCUGGAAGCCAUCCGCGAGGCCGAAGAGAGGAGGAAGGAGAAGCACAGAAAGAUGGAGGAGGAGAGGGAAAAGAUGAGGCAGGAAAUAAGGGACAAGUACAAUAUUAAGAAGAAGGAGGAAGUUCAGGAGCAGCUGCAGGAGGAGCCGAAUCCGCUGAUGCGCAAGAAGAAGACGCCCGAGGAGCUCGCGGCGGAAGCGGAAGCCGAGGACGAGGACGACUUUACGAAGCUGAAGAAUACGAUAGAAACACAAGUAAACGAACUCAAGUCACAGAUAGAGAGUAAAUGUGUUAUGCAGUGAACAUGCAGGAGACACUUACAACAACAACAACAACAACAA